CGUAUUGACGUCUGAUGGAUAGUAGACGUGGAAGACGACUCCAGUGAAAAAAUAUACCUAUGUAUUUAUAAUUUAUAUACUUGCACCAGGAGCUGGUUUGUUAGUCGACGCAAAUGACUUUUAAUCCAGUCAUAGUCCAGUCUUAAACAAAUCUUCCAGUUGUUGCUGAAGUGUCGAAGGGUAUCCACCGACAGCUAGACAUGUUUCAUCCUGGACUUCAUUGUUUCAGGAUUUAGAGGAAAUUUGAAGCAAGAGUCUAAAAAUACUAACUACUUUGAGUCAAUUUAUGGGUGAACGAGUUGAAAUGUUUAUUCAUAUGAUGCAGAAUUUGUAACAAGUUGUCGAUCAAUAUUAAUGGCAAGCAAGCACACGAAAGGACAAUUCCGAAUGAGAUUACACGGAUAUUUUGGUAGCUCCUUUCUCAACAAGAUUCUCCUUUGCUUGUAAACACUCGGGCGAGAGUUUCCACAAAUUGUGUUGUUAUCGGACUUGAAGGUGUCAAAUGAGUGCGUAAGACAUGAGAGUUUGAAGACAUCGCCAAGUCGUGGCCAAAUGAGGCGGUAAAUCAUUAACGUAGCGUAGUAGAACAACACUCAACCAAAAGGUUAUUUGUGGAAGGCUCGUCAAAAAUCAUGGUCGAGAAUAUCUUUGGUAGGAAAAGUUAUCCACAGACCAAGUACCAUGAAAGAGCGUUCCUCCAGUCACAUGCGUUUACACUACACCACAGGAGAAUUAGUGGUGAGCCUCCCAAUCUACGAACCAUUGCAGAGACUGAUGAUGCUGAUGAUGACAUACCGUCUCAAAACUUACUCCCACCUACUCAUAGUGAUUUGGGAGUGACUGUUCUUCCUGGUCGAAAGCCACGAGCGAUCUCGUUGCCAACAAUUUACAGGGAUGGCUCUUACUUAAGGAUCAAUUUCCCGGUUCAACCGAGAAACGAGGAGACAGGAAGAAGACGAUUCUCGGAGCCGGCCGUCUCGUGGAGUUCCAAAUUUCACUCGGCUAUCGCUCCAUUGUCUAAUGAUAAAAAACUACCUAAUGACAAAGUGUCUUGCGUUGCAAAAGCACAGGAGAUUUCCCUGUGUUCGUUCCCACAAGACUUUCAAAUCGAAAAGAGAAGACAUUCAGACCCUUUAAUAUAUACUUCGGAUAUCAUCCAGAAAUUUGAAAAUUUAACUACUGACAGCCAGAAAAACAUCCAAGAUUCAAAGCCAAAGAAUGCUGUAGGGAAUUCAUCUACGGGUUGCUCUGAAAAGAACAGUGAUAUAACUGAAAGCCAGCAACCAGAAAAUGUCACUUCUGCAGCUCCAACGAGACGGAGGAAAUCCUCGCUCGUUCCUAUUCCUUUUAGCAUCGUCAAGAGUUGUAGCUUAAGGAAGCAAAAAGCGCGGCCAUCAAAGAGAAGAUUGUCUUUCCCUCUGAGUAAGAAUGAGAAAGAAUUGACUACAAGUCUACCAACCCUACACAAAUUGGCAUGGAUAGAUAACGAUAUGAAUCAUUAUGGCUCGUCGAAUGAGUCUUUGAAGUCGGUGGAUUUAUUUAUACGAAAGGAUAGUUUAGACGAAUUCGAUCUACCGGCGGAAGACGACGAUAUUCCAGAAAAGAAACAUAGUUGCGAAGAAAUCAUUACUCAAUGGAUGAAAUUUUUCGGCUGAGAGGAAAUGUUUGAUGUCAAAUUAAUCAUAAAAAUAUUGACAAUAAUCUUGGCAUUUGAGUAGGAAAAAUGAAAAAUGAACUGGUUUUUACACGUUUUUACCUGGAGAAUCUUCCAUGGCAUUUUAAAUGAGGCGGUGUUCGAUUCGUUAUAUUUGUGAAUUGUGGUAUGCCUACUGCAUGUCACAUGCUAGCUUUACCUGCUUUUUUGUUGUUGUUGUUAUUGUUGUUUUUUGUUUUUUUCCCCCUUGUAUCAUUUAGCAACCAUUGAUGGUAUUUCAGCAUUAAAGCUGGUUAGUACUGUGUUAUGUUUAAUGCAUGGCUAUAAGAGGUUUGUUUUCAAUCAUGUCGUAGUAUAUUUGGUGCUGCACGCUGUGAAUUGUGAGUGUAUCGACACAAGUUUUUUACUCGUUCAACGCAAAAAUACCAAUACUAUAAUUGUCUCAGAUUUUUCGGGCACAAAGUGGAAGAGACGAAGAAGAAGAAAAAAAGUAACAGAACCGACUAUUUGUCAUGAAAGGAAAAUAACAAAAGGAUGAAAUGAAUAAUUCAAAAAUGAAUUGAAAUUUGACUUAGCUUCACAAGAAAAAAAAAGAGAGUUUUGCAAUGAAGGCAUAGUCUCAAUAAUUCGAAAGGUGAGGAAAAUAUAAACAGUGGAGUGAAAUAAUACAAAAAUAUUUUCAAAAUUCUCAGGUCAGAUGAAAAUAAUGAUAUUGAUUUGUAUAAUAUGUAUACACCCGCGAAGAAACAGUUGAUUUGAAUAUAUUAAAACCCUGAAAGACAUCACCUAAAGCUUAACGGAUUUGUUUAAAAUAUUAAGAAGCAAAAAAAAUUAAAAUAAUUUUUUUGGUAAAAAUAUUUCUUAAUAUUAAGGUCCACCGGAUUGAAUUGCGUGGUGCAUUUUCCUUUUAUUAUGAUCUAAAAACAAGAUGCAACUGAUAGAAAUGACAGUUUUACUGAUGAACUAUCGCGUACGAUCGCAUAGACUCUAGUCCAUAUUGGCACAAGGUCUUACCAUUAACUGUGCAACUAAUUUGAAUAUUCAUUCACUUAUUGACUCUAUGGCUACACCGAAACAUUUGGGAAAAAUACAUAGCACUAAGGUUGAAGUCUUUGAAUAUAAACACUGAACCAAGAUUAUAUAACUGUUAUAAAUUUUGGAUCAUAAAAGUUGGCUGUCCGUUGGUAUCGUCAGGAAAGGACUUUCUUGGAGAAAAUAGGAAGUUUCACGUUUUGUCAUAUUGGACACACUCUUGGCUGUCAAAUACCAAAACCAAAUCAAUAUGGUAUAAACCCCCAUCUUACUAAUCCUUUAUUUUCAUUCAUUGUAAAAAUACAUAUAUAAAGAUACAUAAAAAUAGCAUUUAACUUA